UAGACGCGUUUCGUUAGUCGUGGAACACCGUACUGCAGUCCAAAAAAAUUAUAGCUGGCGUUCCGUUUAUUAACUAGCUGUAUGAGCACACACAUACACAUGCACACAUAUAUAUCGUCCGCUAAAAUACAACUUUCAAGUGCUGUUCAAAAAAUAGUUGUCCAAAUAACAUUAUCAAUAACAACAACAACAACAAUAACAACAAAAUGGUCGAGACAGUGAUUACCGUUGAGCGGACAACAACAACUGGGCCACCUGGGCCAGCGGCGGGUGACAAUGGCGGCUUCUGGAGCGCCAUACGCAUCAAUUUGGACUAUUACAGAACGGUGCCGGGCCUGAUAAAGAUUGUGCAAUUGGUAUUAGGCAUCAUUUGUAUGGCGCUUGCCUCACCCGCCCAGACAGCUGCAACAAGUUUCUUUCUCUUUGCCAUUGUGCUCUCUUUCAUAAUUACCAUUCUGUUGAUGGCCGCCUAUUUGCUGGGCAUACGCGAAGCACUCAAUGUCGCUGUCAACUGGAUAUUUUCUGAGCUGCUGACUACCGCUGUGCUGACACUGCUCUAUUUCAUUGGGUUCAUUGUGCAGCUGGCCAGAUGGUCCGAGUCGAAUGCGAAAGGACAUGGCUCGAAUACGGCGGCCGGCGUCUUUGGACUGUUCAAUUUCUUGGCGUAUGCGGCGGGCACGUACUUCUUAUUUAUGGCACACAGAUCGGGUGCCACACAUUAAUUGCGCAGAAUCGCAGAGUCGAGCGAUGCGAUGCGAUCUAAUCUGAUCUUAUCCGAUCCAGAACGUAACCAUUUACAAUAAUAAUAGUCAAGCGCACCCACCACGAAAGCAGCAAACGUAGCGUAGAAUAAGAUUAAAUUGUGCAAUUUCUGAAAGUUCCGAAAGUUGUUACAUGCAUUUCUUUCUUUAUUUUUUUUUUUUCUUUGAGUGGUACACAACACGCACACACACAUAUAUAUAUAUAUAUACAACGGCAACGAGUGUUGCACGCAAAAAGCUCAACUAAAAGCUUUGCUCAGAUCAAUCAGUUCAGUUUUUAGCUCGCUGCUCUCACGGCGCGCUCAGCGUGCAACUUGAUUUGUUUUUAAUGUUAUUUUAAUGCUUAUUUUAACUUUAACGCCUGCUAACAUUUAAGUGCAAACACACACACACACACACAUGGCAACAAUAAGUUCGAUAAAUUAUUCGUAUUUUGUAACUGAAAAAAAAAAAAAUAAAUAAAAAAUCAGAACAAUUUCGCCGUCAACUUGCCGUUGGAGUGAAACUUGACUAAUGUGAGUUGGGUUUCAUUCCAAAUCCAUAUUCGACGCAACUUGAUGCACUCCGGCUUAGCCAAGUUCCACACCCGACGAAACUUUGGACAAACAAAAAUAA